UUUAAGAGGCGCCAAUAUACUGUACACUCCUUCCUGCUUUUUGUGGAAAUUAGGCGGUCAUCCAGGCCGCUAGUUGUCGCUAAGACCUGUUCGGACAACCACGCUGAGGCAUUGUUUUGGGAGUUUUGGUCAAUAUUUUCGACUGUAUGUCUAAACAAAUUUGAUAUGUUUCUCUCAUAGUUGUGUCGGAAAAUAUUGCGAAUAUAGCAGUGAGCUGUCUUAAAUAAGUAAGUUCCUUCUUAUCGAAGUCAAAACAACAACCGAGUUAGCAGUUAGCAAUGCUAAAGCCAUCAUGAUUUGACUGAGUGACUUCAGUUAGAAUUGCAUCAAGGGGGUGAUGCUGCAGGCGAUUCGCUGUCCCCUGCCGAGGUCUCUCAUCUCCAUCAAAAGGCAAUGGAUUCGCACCUUCUGCUCCACAAAGCUCCACUCUCUGCAGGGCGAGGACGCCACAGAGACUCGGCGGAACCCCCUUAACAUUCAGAUGCUGUCCAGAACUCUCCACGAGCAGAUAUUUCGGGGUCUGCAGCCGGAGUAUCGGGAGGAGGCUGUGGACCGCAGUGUGAGGCACUUGCAGAAGCAUCAGCUGUGGGGGAAGGAAACCUCACUGUUACCGGACGUGGAGCUAAAACUUUCCAAAAUGUACGGCCGCAAUAUCGACGAGCAUUUUCGCACUUUGGCCCAGAAGCAAACGCUUCCCUACCUCGAAGCCGCCACCGAGCUGCAGCAAGCAGAGCUUCCUCCCAUGCCUCAGGAGUGGACAUUUCAGGUCGGUUGGACACGCUACGGGCCCAAAGGAGAGAGUGACAGGGUCGAUUUCCCGGACGAGACUGCACUUGUGUUUGACGUGGAGGUCUGCAUGACAGAGGGACAGUGUCCCACACUAGCGGUUGCUUUGUCUCCUACUAACUGGUACUCCUGGUGCAGCAAACGUCUGAUUGAAGAGCGCUACUCCUGGUCAAACCAUCUGACCCUGGCUGAUCUCAUCCCAUUGGAGACGCCGAUGAACUCAGUCCGUCCUCCAGGGGGUCAGUGGAAGGAGCGUCUCAUAGUGGGACAUAAUGUCAGUUUUGACCGAUCUUACAUAAAGGAGCAAUACUUGUUGAAGGGCUCUAAGGUGCGCUUCAUAGACACUAUGAGUCUGCACAUGGCUAUCUCAGGCCUGACUGGCUUCCAACGCACACUGUGGAUGGCCAACAAGCUGGGCAAGAGAAAGGGCCUCCAGGAGGUCAGCCAACACUUGAAGAAAGUGGGACAGAAAAAAGAUGGCCCAAAGAUUGGCUAUUGGGACUGGGUGAAUAUUAGCAGUAUUAACAACUUAGCUGAUGUCCAUGCUCUGUAUGUGGGAGGGCCACCACUGCAGAAAGAAGCAAGGGAGACCUUUGUAAAAGGCACCAUGAUGGAUGUCAGGAACAACUUCCAGGAGCUAAUGCAGUACUGCGCCCUGGAUGUUCAAGCCACGCAUGAAGUCUUCAUAGAACAGCUACCCCUCUUCAUUGAAAGAUGUCCCCACCCGGUGACAUUCGCUGGCAUGCUGGAGAUGGGCGUGAGCUACCUUCCUGUCAAUCAAAACUGGGGCAGAUAUCUGGAGGAUUCCCAAGACAUUUAUGAAGAGCUCCAGAGAGAGAUGAAAAAGUCACUCAUGACUCUGGCUGAUGACGCAUGCCAGCUCCUGGAGGAAGAGAGAUUUAAAGAUGACCCUUGGCUUUGGGACCUUGAGUGGGACGUGCAGGAGUUUAAGCUGAAAAAGGCGCCGGCGAGCAAGAAGAAACAGGCCAUUAAAGCAGCACAAUCCCAAACUGCUACUCCACUUCCAGACUGGAUGGAAGAUGAAGGUCCACCAUCUGAAAAGGACGUGGCAGCAGGUUGCCCUAGCAGGUCAGCUGUUGAAAAACUGAAGGAAACAGUCAGUCGACUUCCCAAAAGAAAACAACACCUGCCUGGACAUCCUGGGUGGUACCGUAAGCUGUGUGAGAAGAUGUCUGCGGACGGCUGGUCCCCUGGAGCUGGUCUUAUCAGUCUUCAAAUGAGAGUAACUCCUAAGCUGAUGGGUCUGACAUGGGAUGGCUUUCCCUUGCAUUACAUGGAGAAACAUGGCUGGGGGUAUCUUGUACCCGGACGCAGGGAUAACUUGAAUCCCCAGGAGGGAAAUAUAGCACCAGCUUGCCCUCACAGAGAGAUUGAGCGUGUUUAUAGAGAGUACUGCGAGCAGAACAGCAAGGAACAGCCUAAAUAUGAGUACACACCAUCAGGUGAUCUCCUGUGGACAGACAGCACAGUUUGGGAAAAGGUGGAGGAGUAUGGAUCUUUGGAAAGAUUGACAGAUGAACAUGGAGCGAAUGGAGCGGCAUAUGAGAAACAACAAGGUGGCCGUCGUUCUGGUUAUGUCCCAGAAGGGAGUCACUGCCCUCAUCACCAAGGAAAUGGACCCUACAACGAUGUCGAUAUACCCGGGUGUUGGUUUUUCAAAUUACCACAUAAGGAUGGCAAUCAAAAUAACGUUGGCAGUCCUUUUUCCAAAGACUUCCUGCCUAAGAUGGAGGAUGGUACUCUGAGGGCAGGGAGGGGAGGAACCAACGCCACACGUGCCUUAGAGAUCAACAAAAUGAUGUCCUUCUGGAGGAAUGCUCAUAAACGUAUAAGCUCCCAGAUGGUGCUGUGGCUGCGGAAGGCAGAGCUUCCUCGUUUUGUGAGCAGGCACAAAGAUUUUGAUGAAGAGGGGCAGUACGGCGCUAUAUUACCUCGGGUUGUCACCGCUGGAACGGUAACAAGGCGUGCUGUGGAGCCGACGUGGCUGACUGCCAGUAAUGCACGUAGGGACAGAGUGGGCAGUGAGCUCAAGGCAAUGGUGCAAACGCCACCUGGCUACCAUCUUGUUGGAGCAGACGUGGAUUCUCAAGAGUUGUGGAUUGCAGCUGUGCUCGGAGAGGCCAGUAGUGGCAUGCAUGGGUGUACAGCGUUUGGCUGGAUGACCCUUCAAGGAAAGAAGAGCCAGGGCACUGACCUGCACAGCCGCACCGCCGACACUGUGGGCAUCAGCAGAGAGCACGCCAAAGUGUUUAACUAUGGCCGCAUCUACGGAGCAGGACAGCCCUUUGCCGAAAGGCUGCUGAUGCAGUUCAACCAUCGACUUAGUCAGACGGAAGCUGCCAGUAAGGCCAGACAGAUGUAUGCUUUAACAAAGGGUUUACGAAGAUACCAACUAGCAGAGGAAGCUGAGUGGCUGGUCAACGAAUUGGAAAUUGAGGUGGAAAGAGAGGAGGAUGGAAGUGUAUCCCUGCAGGAGUUGCGGAAGAUCAAUAGACUGGCUUCACAGCAUUCCCGACGGAAAAGGUGGGACCUGGUGGGCAAACGCUUGUGGUCUGGAGGCACAGAGUCUGACAUGUUUAACAAACUGGAGUGCAUUGCCCAUUCAGCCCACCCUGCGACGCCUGUGCUGGGCUGCAGGAUUAGCAGAGCUUUGGAACCCCUCGCAGUAAAGGAUGAGUUCAUCACCAGCAGAGUGAACUGGGUGGUCCAGAGCUCAGCAGUGGAUUACCUUCAUCUGAUGCUGGUGGCAAUGAAGUGGCUCUUUGAGGAACAUGACAUUGACGGACGCUUCUGCAUUAGCAUCCACGAUGAGGUGCGGUACAUUGUCCGCAGCGAAGACAGAUACCGAGCAGCACUGGCACUUCAGAUCACCAACCUCCUUACACGGAGUAUGUUUGCACAUGCGUUAGGCAUGCAGGACCUUCCACAGUCUGUCGCUUUCUUCAGUGCCGUCGACAUCGACACGUGUUUGAGAAAGGAAGUCACCAUGGAUUGCGUGACUCCCUCCAACCCCACAGGUGUGGAACGAAGAUACGGACUUCCCCCUGGUGAAGCCUUGGACAUCUACCAACUCAGUGACAUCACUAAGGGCUCCCUCAAUAAAGGAAGUCAAGUAAAGGACACACAGAACAAGUGAACACAAAUGUCUGGACGCUCAUUAGCAUGCAAGCUGGAGAUGUGUCGAACCAACGAGAGGAGCUCGGCUCAUUGUUUCCUCUUCUUCCGUUUGGGUUCUUGAGUCUCUUCGGCAUCUUGGGACACAGCCUUAGAUGGAAUAGAGACAAAUGCAAACACUGAAAGAGGGAAGCAACACUUUUUCUCCCCCUCAUAUUGAGUUUGAUCAUCAAUCUGUGACUCUUACCUCCUGACUGUCGUCUUGCUCUUGCAGGGCUGCGUCCAAAGUUGCAGCAUUGAUGCGGAAAUCUCGAGAUGUGCUCAGUUUCAUGUACUGCAUCAGAUUUACCUGGAAGGCAUUCUUGCUUUUUAGGUUUU